UCAGGCAAACACAACUUGGGAUCCAUCAUUCAAAAUAAACAGGCAUAUCAAUGACAUGAAAGACAAGGGCUGAGAACCAAUUCUCACUAAAGGAGAUGAAUAGACCUGAUAACUCCACGCAAUGUGUAAUCCUGGAUCGGCUCCUGCACCAGCAAAUUCAUAUCACAACAGAGGAUAUUAAUCAGACAAUUGGAGGGAUUGGAAUAAGGUGGAAGCCAUUAUCUACUGCUGGACCGGGUAUCUCAGAUUCUUCAAGAUCAUGGUCAUAAUGUCAGUAUGCUUCUUUAUGGAGAAGAAUUUUUAAUCCCAGAAAAGAAUGAAAUUUCAUACAAAGUUAUCAGUUGGCUUCCACCUGAAGAUCAUAGAAAAGAUUUUAAUAACACUUUUGAUUUCUUUGUGACAGAAGCUUUGCAUGGCAGAGGAGCAUUUGACAACUUUGUAAAGUUAAUGGGACAACUGGGGAUUCGAUGCAGUGAUUUGCUAAGGAGAAGUGAUAUCAUGGAUUUCUUAAAAAAUGAGAACUUUGACCUGGUAUUUGUUGAAGCAUUUGACUUCUGUUCUUUCCUGGUUGCUGAGAAGCUUGGGAAGCCAUUUGUGUCGAUUCUUCCCACUCGCUUUGGCAGUGUGGACCUUGGACUACCAAACCCUGUGUCUUAUGUUCCAGUAUUCAAUUCCUUGCUAACCGACCACAUGGACUUCUGGGGCAGAGUGAAGAAUUUUCUGAUGCUCUUUGAUUUCUCCAUAAAGCAAUGGCGAAUCCAGUCUACGUUUGACAGCACCAUCAAGGAACAUUUCCCAGAAGGCUCUAGGCCAGUUUUGUCUCAUCUCCUAAAGAAAGCAGAGCUGUGGUUUGUUAACUCUGACUUUGCCCUUGAAUUUGCUCGGCCCCUGCUUCCCAACACUGUGUAUGUUGGAGGCUUGAUAUCCAGACCUGUUAAAGCAGUACCACAGGAAUUUGAGAAUUUCAUUGCCAAGUUUGGAGAUUCUGGUUUUGUCCUUGUGGCCCUGGGCUCCAUGGUGAGCAUCUGUCAGUCCCAAGAAGUUCUCAGGGAGAUGAACAGUGCCUUUGCUCAUCUGUCUCAAGGGGUGAUAUGGAAGUGUAAUCCUUCUCAUUGGCCCAAAGACGUCAAAUUGGCAGCAAAUGUGAAAAUUGUGGACUGGCUUCCUCAGAAUGACCUCUUGGCUCACCCACGGAUCCGUCUCUUUGUCACUCAUGGUGGAUUGAAUAGCAUAAUGGAGGCCAUCCAACAUGGUGUACCCAUGGUAGGGAUUCCUGUCCUUGGAGAACAGGCUGAAAACCUGGUCCGAGUAGAAGCCAAAAAGUUUGGUGUGUCUAUCCAGUUAAAGCAGGUUAAGGCAAAGACAUUGGCUCUGAAGAUGAAGGAAGUCAUAGAAGACAAGAGGUACAAGUCAGCAGCAGUGGCCGCCAGCAUCAUCAGGCGCUCCCACCCCCUGACCCCUGCUCAGAGGCUGGUGGGCUGGAUCGACCACAUCCUCCAGACCGGGGGUGCGGCACACCUCAAGCCCCACGGCCUGCAGCAGCCGUGGUAUGAGCGGUACCUGCUGGACGUCUUCUUGUUCCUGCUGCUGGUCACCCUGGGCACCCUGUGGCUCUGUGGGAAGCUGCUGGGCAUGGUGGCCAGGUGGCUGUGUGGGGCCAGGAAGCUGAAGAAGGCCUGAUGGAGGUGCAUCCAUGAUGGGUGUUUGGGGAGCCACUGGUUGUAGAAGGCUUUCCCCAGCAUAGGACACCCCUGGUGGUACUUGAGGGUGGUGCAGAAAUAUAUCCUCACUGUUUCUGCCUCUGUUUGGAAAUUCUUAUGAAGUAAUCUUGGAUUAUUUUUUCAAAUUGUGGUAAAAUAUAUAUUUUGUAAAGCUUACUACUUAGCCAGUAAUUGUACAGUCAGUGGCAUUGAGCACAUUGACAUUAUCAUGGAAAUAUCACCACCACCCAUUCCAGAACAAUUUUCAUCUUUCCAAACUCAAACGCCAUGCUGAUCAAACAGUAAUUCCUCAUAUCCCUGCUCCCACCACCAGCCCCACACCCUGGCCACCCCAGUUCUACUUCUGUGUCUAUGAAUUUGAUCUCGGCUUCUUGACUUGCCUCUGCUCAGGGGUCUCCUCACUCAGACCCCAACCUUCAGGAGACAGCCCCACCAUCCUCCCUACUCUGUCUCUAGACACAGGGCCAUGCUUACUUCAUCCUCGGUGUCUGACACCUCUCAGUCUCUCUGCCCCUUCUCACAUUUCAUGAUAUGACAUAAGAUAUUGGCCAGUACUUCCA